GAAGGAGGGGCUGCAAUGUGAGAGUGAGGAUUUGAAUGAGAAAGCCGGUUGUGGCGGCGGUGCCCGGUUCUCUAACCAGUUCUUAAGCUUCUUUCGAAUUCUGCUCACCAGCCGGCGGGGAACAGUGUGCGAGAGGGGGACGGAGGAGGGGCUUGCUGGCCCUCUGCAGGGCCUUGGAGCCAGUAGCCCAUCACCGCUGGGCACUUGGGAGGUUGCCCCUAUGACUAGAACUCCGAGGACUGAGAGCUGAAGAGGGCAAUUUGGUUUUGAUGCUGUGCCAGAAAUCCUCUGACAAUGAGUUACUGGAACUUGGAGAAAAGAAGCUGUGUGCAGUACCGCCGGCAUUUUCUGGUGGACAACAGUGUGUUUCAUGUUGAAAGAUGCAUGAAUGUGAUGCAAUCUGGGACACAAAUGAUCAAGCUGAAGCGUGGGACCAAAGGACUGGUUCGUCUCUUUUACCUGGAUGAGCAUAGAACCCGCUUGCGAUGGCGACCUUCUAGGAAGAGUGAGAAGGCAAAAAUACUUAUCGACUCCAUUUACAAAGUCACAGAGGGCCGGCAGUCUGAAAUAUUCCACAGACAGGCAGAGGGGAAUUUUGAUCCCAGCUGCUGCUUCACCAUCUAUCAUGGCAACCACAUGGAGUCACUGGAUCUCAUCACUUCCAAUCCAGAGGAAGCCCGUACCUGGAUUACUGGCCUCAAGUACCUGAUGGCUGGCAUCAGCGAUGAAGAUUCCCUCGCCAAGAGACAGAGGACCCAUGACCAAUGGGUAAAGCAGACCUUUGAAGAGGCUGAUAAGAAUGGGGAUGGCUUAUUGAAUAUUGAAGAGAUAUACCAAUUGAUGCAUAAACUAAAUGUCAACCUGCCCCGAAGAAAAGUAAGACAGAUGUUUCAGGAAGCUGACACAGAUGAGAAUCAGGGAACUUUAACAUUUGAAGAGUUCUGUGUUUUUUACAAAAUGAUGUCAUUGAGACGAGACCUUUAUUUGUUGCUUUUGAGCUACAGUGACAAGAAAGAUCACCUAACUGUAGAAGAACUGGCUCAGUUUUUGAAAGUGGAACAAAAGAUGAGUAAUGUAACAACAGAAUACUGCAUUGACAUCAUAAAGAAGUUUGAAGUUUCAGAAGAAAAUAAAGUUAAAAAUGUUCUUGGAAUAGAAGGCUUCACAAACUUCAUGCGUAGUCCUGCUUGUGAUAUUUUUAACCCAUUACACCACGAAGUGUACCAAGACAUGGAUCAGCCCCUCUGCAACUACUUUAUUGCUUCCUCUCACAACACAUACCUGACUGGGGACCAGCUCCUUUCUCAGUCCAAAGUGGAUAUGUAUGCACGGGUGCUACAAGAGGGUUGUCGCUGUGUGGAAGUUGACUGUUGGGAUGGCCCAGAUGGAGAGCCAGUAGUACACCAUGGUUACACUCUCACUUCAAAAAUCCUCUUCAGAGAUGUUGUGGAGACUAUCAACAAGCAUGCCUUUGUGAAGAAUGAGUUUCCAGUUAUAUUGUCUAUUGAGAAUCACUGCAGUAUCCAGCAGCAAAGGAAGAUUGCUCAGUACCUGAAAGGAAUAUUCCAAGACAAGCUGGACAUCUCAUCUAUAGACACAGCAGAGUGCAAACAGCUUCCAAGUCCUCAGAGUUUGAAAGGCAAAAUCCUAGUGAAGGGCAAGAAGUUGCCUUAUCACCUUGGGGAUGAUGCAGAGGAAGGGGAAGUCUCUGAUGAGGACAGUGCGGAUGAAAUUGAAGACGAGUGCAAGUUCAAGCUGCAUUAUAAUAAUGGAACUACUGAGUAUCAGGUAGAAUCUUUCAUAAGAAAAAAGCUGGAGUCACUGUUAAAAGAAUCUCAAGUCCGAGAUAAAGAAGAUCCUGAUAGUUUCACAGUGAGAGCACUACUGAAGGCCACACAUGAAGGUUUAAAUGCUCACAUGAAGGAGAAUUCAGAGGUGAUAGAAACUGGAAAAAAGUCUCAUGGGCGAUCCCUGAUUACCAACUUUGGAAAACACAAGAAAUCCACAAAAUCACAUUCUAAAUCCUACAAUACUGAUGAUGAAGAGGUUUCACAGCAGAAUCCUGGCAAGGAGGGUGGCCAGUUGUAUAGGCUGAGCCAUCGAAGGAAAACCAUGAAGCUCUGCAGAGAGCUCUCUGACUUGGUGGUGUAUACCAAUUCUGUGGCAGCCCAGGACAUUGUGGAUGAUGGAACCACAGGAAAUGUGUUGUCCUUUAGCGAAACCAGAGCACAUCAGGUGGUUCAGCAGAAGUCAGAGCAAUUUAUGAUUUAUAACCAAAAGCAGCUCACAAGAAUUUACCCCUCUGCCUACCGCAUUGAUUCCAGCAACUUCAACCCUCUUCCCUAUUGGAAUGCAGGUUGCCAACUAGUGGCACUAAACUACCAGUCUGAAGGGCGAAUGAUGCAAUUAAAUCGAGCAAAAUUCAAGACAAAUGGCAACUGUGGCUACAUCCUCAAGCCCCAGCAAAUGUGCAAAGGUACCUUCAACCCUUUCUCUGGUGAUCCACUUCCUGCCAACCCCAAAAAGCAGCUCAUUCUCAAAGUGAUCAGUGGGCAGCAACUCCCCAAACCUCCUGACUCCAUGUUUGGAGACCGAGGCGAGAUCAUUGACCCUUUUGUUGAAGUUGAAAUUAUUGGAUUACCAGUGGAUUGUUGUAAAGAUCAAACUCGUGUGGUGGAUGACAAUGGAUUUAACCCAGUGUGGGAAGAAACCCUAACAUUUACAGUGCACAUGCCAGAAAUAGCUUUGGUUAGGUUCCUUGUAUGGGAUCACGAUCCCAUUGGCCGAGAUUUUGUUGGACAAAGGACUGUGACCUUUAGCAGCCUAUUGCCUGGCUACCGGCAUGUCUAUUUGGAAGGACUCACAGAAGCAUCCAUUUUUGUCCAUGUAACAAUCAACGAAAUAUAUGGAAAGUGGAGCCCUUUAAUCCUCAAUCCCAGUUAUACCAUAUUGCACUUUCUAGGAGCUACAAAGAACAGGCAGCUCCAAGGUCUGAAGGGACUAUUCAACAAGAAUCCCAGGCACAGUUCUUCAGAUAACAAUUCCCAGUGCAUUCGAAAACGAUCCAUUGGAGAUAGAAUUCUGAGACGGACAGCUAGUGCUCCAGCCAAAGGCAGGAAAAAGAGCAAAAUAGGCUUCCAAGAAAUGGUUGAGAUAAAAGAUUCUGUUUCUGAGUCCACACAAGAUCAAGAUGGUAUCCUAAGGAGGACCACACGGAGUCUGCAAGUGCGCCCUGUCUCUAUGCCUAUUGACAAAAGUCUUCUGGGGGCUUUGUCACUGCCUAUAAUGGAAGUAGCAAAAGAUACUGAAAGAAAAGAAAACCCUUUGGCAGACAACAAGGAUGGCAGAAGAAAAGGAAAGGCAAGCAUGAAAGACCCACCUCUUCUAAAUUUCAACCAAAAGUUAUCCUCCUCAAAUUCUCUCCUCUACAAAGAUGUUAACCAAGUGAACUCCAGUGUUCUAACUGCCAGUGUGUCAAUUAUAGGAGAACAAGUUGGAAUGCUAGUUCCUAAAGGUGGGAGAACCAAACCAAAUGUGUCUAGUGAUUGUCAGGGAAACCACUAUGCAGACAAAAUCCUUUCUCCAAAGAAGCCUUUGGCACUUGAUUCUACAAUGAACCAAAUACAAGAUCUGCAUGGUACGAAAACCAAGGAACCCAAGAAUGUACAGAGCUUUGCAGGAGGAAAAAACAUGUUGUCAGAAAGCAUCUUUUCUCAAGGCACUCUGGAGAUUGAGGAGCUAGGGGACAGCAAAGCUAAUGGCAAAGCUACAACCUCCUUCUCUCUAUCUGACACCUCCAUCCUCUGUUCUGACAUACCUGGCUUACAUUCAACUGCCAUUCUGCAGGACAAUGAAAUUUCCCAUCUUAUUGACAAUGUCACAUCAACAAAUGAAGGUGAACCAGGCAGUUCUAUCUCAGCAUUGAUUGGCCAGUGUGAAGAGACCACCUGUCAGGCUAACUUUACAGUGGCUUCCCAUCCUCAUAACACCACUAUGCCAUCAGACCCUUCUCCUUUGCCUACCCUCAAUCUACAAACUCCCAUCAAGCAUAGUUUACCCCAGGGGAAGAGCAAGGCAUCCUUCUUGUGCUCAUCUCCAGAGCUGAUGAAACUCUUGAGUACUGAGACCAACAAGCCUGCAACUUACACAGUUGUCUAUGGAAUGAUUGGCUCUCCCAUCUCUAAAACCAAACCAGAUAAUGACCUUUCUGGUAAGUCCAGGACAAGACCUAUGGAAGGCAACUUGCCUGAGUCCCCAAAUGGUUCUUAUGACUGGUUUCCUAAAAGUCCCACCUGCAAAGAGGACCCAGGACUACUGAAAAGCAGCAACCCUGCUAUUAACACUGAAGCACUGCUGGAAGAUAUUAGAAAAGAUCCCACUAUCUGUGUAAAUUCUGCAGAGAGCAGCCUUGUGGAAAUUUGUGGAGAGUCUGAAAACCUGUCUCUAACAACCAGUGAAUAUAGCAGAGAAAGCACAAGUCACUUGGAUUCUCCUUUAAAACUAAAGUACAGCCAAACUAUGGCAGAACACUAUCAAAGAAGCCUGAGAAAUGGCUUCUGUAAAGAGACUCUCUGCCAUUCUUCCCCUGAAAUAGUCAACAAUAUUCAAUAUGUCAAAAAUCAGUAUAUUUCUUGUCUAACCUAUCAGGGUGCUGGCUUUCUGCAUAACCAUUUCUCACAUUCAGAUGCAAAAUCAAACCAAAUAUGUGGGCCCCAGCAGUCUAGUGUUGAAGAUUUGCAUGCUCCAGUACCCAUGCAGUCAAUACAUGUACCUUUACCUACUUUGAAAUUGCCAAGUCCUUGCAAAUCAAAAAGUUUAGGGGACUUAACAUCAGAGGAUAUAGCUUGUAAUUUUGAGAGCAAGUACCAAUGUAUUAGUAAGAGUUUUGUGACAAAUGGCAUUAGAGACAAUAAAAGUGUAACCAUAAAGACAGAGUCACUAGAGCCUUCAGAUGCUCUAACUGAGCAGCUUCGGAAGCUGGUGUCUUUUGACCAGGAAGACAGCAGUCAAGUGCUAUAUCCAAAGCAAGAAGAUAAUCAGUUUCCUAAGAUGUUGGUCAGAAAGUUGUCAUCCAGAAGUCAAAGCAGAGUACGCAACAUUGCCAGUCGUGCUAAAGAGAAGCAGGAAGCUAGCAAGCAAAAGGCUGGGACCUGCAGCACUAGGGGAGGAGUGGUUCUUAGAAACAAACACUCAGUGCCUGCCCUGGCUGCAAACCGUCACUCCACUGGCUCAUACAUUGCAAGCUAUCUGAGGAACAUGAAAGCAGGUGGUCUGGAGGGCCGUGGUAUCCCAGAGGGAGCAUGCACAGCCCUUCACUAUAGCUACAUUGACCAGUUUUGUUCAGAUAAUUCAGUUUUACAAACUGAGUCAAGCAAUGAUGACAAGCCUGAAAUUUAUUUUCUUCUGAGGCUAUGAAUUUUAUAAAGCUGCAUUUUCAACAUUACAAGGAAUCCUAUAGAAUUAUCACUUGUCAGUAAAUAUGAUCCUUGUUUUUGAGAGAUUUUCCAAUGUAUUCUUAACUUGUAUUUUGGUCUUCCUUUCACUUCAUGUGUUCUUCCAUUUUAUGUGAUUGUACAUAGAUUCUGUGAUAUUUCCCAGGAGCUUAUGAUCUUUGUCCCCUGAGGUAUUAUAAACCAUAUCAGUAUAAAAUAUGUGCAUGUCCUAAAUGUGAGACUUCUCAGCAGUUUGGGUUACAAUGUACUUGUGUUUCACAAAGAUGCUCUUCACUGUGACCUCAGAUUCUAGUCACAAAUGCUGUCAUCUUUACUUUCUAAAUAUUGAGCUGCUUAAGAGGCUACAAAUGACAAAGAGAUAAUUUUUUUAUUUGAAGCCAUUACUAUUUUUUCUUUCUAAGUUGAGAAGUCCAGAUUCAUUUUUAUAAUUUGGUUAAGUGUUUAAAAUAGUUCCCUUGCCUUUUUAAGAUUUCCUUACCCCACCCAAAAUGAGAAUGAAAAGGAGUUGGAUAGCUUUUCCCCAACCCCACUCCCCCAUUUUAGAAUUGGAUGUGAGGAAGAGAGCAUAUUUCUGUAUUGUGGAAAACAAACAUUUGUUUUACAUAAAUUUUGUUACAUAUUUUUGUUAAUGGCUUUGUACAUAACAGGAAUCCAGUUGCCAAGGUAUCUGCCACACUUGGAUUAUCUGAUGUGAUAGAUUACAGAUAAUGGAGAUAAUGCAGAGCGAGAGAUGUCCAUCAGACUUAGACCAAAAGUAUCACAAGUUAAAAGCUUUCAGGAAAAAAACACUUUUUCAUAAUAAAAUCUAAGUGAAUUGAUUAUUAGAAGAAAUUCUUUCAGGGAACCAAGUAAGUAUAUUUUAGAACUGAUACACAUUAUUUUCACUGUGAGUCCAUUUUGGGGGGAGGAGGUUGAGGUAGGGUCUCACUCUAGCCUAGGCUAACCUGGAAGUCAUUCUGUAGUUCCAGGCUGGCCUCAAACUCAUGGCAAUCCUCCUAUCUCUGCCUUCCAAGUGCUGGGAUUAACUGCAUAUGCCACCACACCCAGCCGUGAAUCCAUUUUCUAUUGCACAUUCACAUAUCCUUUGUUUUUGGUAACAUAAAGUGUAAUGAUGUUCUUCCUGGAAUUCAUGAAAAUAUAAUUAAAGUUGAUUUAUGAACACUUGGAUUUUUUUAGCAAUUUAAGUUCAUAUGGUAGCUGUUGAAUAAAGGACACAGAGCAUUUGGACUUUCUAAGUCUUUGUAGUAGAACUGAGAACUGACUAUAUAAGCUAGCUUUAAUCAGCAAUUUAUGACUCUUAAAUGUUUAUAUUAUGUUAAAGAGCUUAAUUCUUUAAUG